GUUGGUGGUUCCAUGUAAUUGGGAAGGAAUUCAAGACAGAUCCGGCGGCACCUGUAUCCGUACCUGCUUCUGAAUGCUAAGUUUUCUGCAGUUGAUAGGGCGGUCGCGUGCUGCUAUUAUGUCCAACCAAUGAGCCACGUGCUCUUCGAAGCAGGAUCCAAGCUUGCUACUCACAGGAACACACACCGAGAAGUGGGGCGAGCGUCUCGUCCUCGUUUCGGCAGUCCAGUCCAUGUCGUACAUAAACAGACGACUUGGACCUUUUCUUUAUCACAAACAUUUUUUGGUCAAGUGAAGUCAUUCGCCAAUCGCUCGCACUAGGAUUACCGAUUGAGCAUCAUCUCAUCCCCUCUCAAGAACGACCAGUUUUACUUUUACUUGGCAGCGCUCCUCCUCCUUCGCUAACGGGUACACAACACUCGCUACUGGAGCUGUCAACAAUAAAACCUCGCCAAUUUCGAGCAAUUCCGACAUGUCUUCCCAACCUCUCCUUCAGACCACUCCCGGUAAGCGCAUUGCUUUGCCAACCCGCGUCGAACCCAAGGUCUUCUUCGCGAACGAACGAACUUUCCUGUCAUGGCUCAACUUCACCGUCAUCCUCGGCGCCCUCGCCAUCGGCAUGCUUAACUUCGGUGAUAGAGUCGCCUUCAUCUCUGCAUUCCUCUUCACUGGCGUCGCUAUGUUGACCAUGAUAUACGCAUUGGUGACGUACCAUUGGCGAGCCAAGUCUAUAAGAAUGAAGGGCCAGGCUGGCUUUGAUGACCGUUUUGGUCCCACCGUUCUGGCCAUCAUUCUUCUACUGGCCGUCAUUGUCAACUUUGUCCUCCGAAUCACCGACAAGUCCAAGAACAAUGGCAACUAGAGACUCACUGGACAUCACCACAGCGGUUGCAGUCAACUAAUGGAAUAUAAAGGCCGCUGAUAUGGGAAGAGGCGGGAAUGGCUCUGCGGGGAAUGGAGUCUUAGGGUGUAUUGGGCCAUUGGCGUUAGAGCCGGGACAUCACAAAUUUUCUUUACACAGUAUUGCACGAUUGUAGCGGCACAAAUAAAAGCAGAAUGUUCUAUUUACUUGCGCUGGGUAUCUUGUGAUUUGCUAUAUGACUUGCUCAACCAUAAACCAUCCCUGGAGUGGUUCAUGGAAGUAUUUUUAAAACAUAAAGGUAGACAAAACAGCCUGAACAGAGUAGAAUUAUGGGGAUUGUAUCAAACCUGCUUGGCUGUACCAGACUGGACCGUGACACCCUUCUUUAUUUUCAAUUCCUGUAUGGGCACAGUCGAAAUGAAAAUCCUCAUUGACUUCACAGAUCGUGGAGAGGGCUGAGGUAGCACUGCGCCUUCAAAUCGGCUGUGCAUAACCUCGAAAUCGUCGUUGUCGGAACCAUUGUCUUCUUGAAUGUUCUUUUCAAGGAUUGUCUCUUCAACAAUAUCUUUGCUUUUAGACUUUUCUGGUUGGUCAAAUAGCUGGUUGUACUGAUAAUAUGCUCUCCCUUCCUCAAUGACAAUCCGCUUGCAUUUUUCCACCACUGUGAUGAGCUUGCAGACAUCGGCGGUUCGCGCAUACAGCAGUGCUACUCGAGGGCGGUCGCCUUGGGUUAUUAUAUGAUUUGCGACCUGCAUGAUGCGCUUCUUGAUUUGCGUCGACGAGAUAACUGAAGCAGGUAGGAUGUCAUAUUUGGAGUUGAGUUCGGCGAUGAUGGUUUCGUGGGGAGCUAGCAGAGCUGGUAUUGGAGUCUUAGGGUCGUUAUUUCGGGGUCGCUUCGGCAAAUGGGCAUCUUUGGAGACAUUCGUAUCUGGCUUCCUUUUGCCAGAGGCAUGGUUGGAUGUUGCAGUGGGCAUCUUUGUGAGUGAAAAUGUUAAAAGAACGAGGUGGCUCUAGCGGAUAGAAAAGUUGCAGUCCGGGACUUGAGCUUUGCGGGGCACAUGCAAGUCCGUAC